CGUCACGCGGCCUUCGGAAAAACAGGGAUCCAGAGAUUCAAAACAACAUGGCGAUGGUAAACGAACAAGCCGGCGGUGAAAACAUCGAGGUUAUGGCGGAUCACUACAGUAUAGAGCGACAACAAUACCAGAUUAAAAUCGAGCACUUUCUAAAGCCUCUAGAAUCGAAAUGGGACUUCAUCAGAGAUGUGCUGCUGUGGAAAAAACCGGUUGUUUCCCUGUGUGUUUUCGUCGCUGUCAACGCAAUCUUCAGCUAUUUUGCGUCUGGACAUUUUCGAAUGUUCCUGAUUAUUAGUGCUAUCAUCGCUUUGGGACUUUGUUUGCACGAUGUGAGAGAUCGUGCCGCUGCUGUUCUUGAACGAGCCGGAAUAACACCUGAAGAACGUGAAAGCUAUGAGAUGAGCCUCACAUUCAACAGAUUUUGUUACAAACUCUCAUUCACCUGGGAACUGGUCAUGGUGGAAUAUUCCAAUUUCGUAGAAUUAAAGACCACUAACAAGAAAAAGUAUUAUGGAGUGAUUGCAUUACUUGUCUUGGGAGCAGCAUUUGCAUACCAAUAUCUACCACUUCUUGGCCUUUUAUAUGCCUUAUUGCUGUUUUUCUAUCUGUGGACGCCUAUCAAGUACCAUGGUACACACUAUGUGAUGUACAGCUUUGUAGAACCAUUCUUUAGACCAUUUAUUAUUCAGUGGAAGAACAGCAGAACGAAAAGGGAACGAUCACAAAUAUUCAAAGCUAAGACUGGUGAAGAGCAUGCCGAUGACAGUGAGGAAGAGUUCGCUAAAUCAUUCCAUCCCAAAGCCAGCUCUAACAAACCUUCAAAUACUCAGCCCCCACAUGAACCCACUGGACUAGACUCAACAGAUGGGCAGCUUAUCUCAAAACCCAGGAGCAAAGCAGCUAUGCCCUCCUUGUUAGUUUCAGAGACCCCAGAUCCUGUGGUUCUAAAGCCACUGUUACCAACAUCAGCUUUGCCUGAGGUACAAGCUAUACCUGUUGAUGACAUAGUAUUAUCUACAUCUGACACAACACAAGAUGAUAUACCAUGCAUGGAGGACACUAGUUCUGAAUCUGCGGACCUCAACAGUCUUGCUGGAUUAGAUAUGGCUCCUCCUACUCCAGAUGACUCAUCAAUCAGCUUGGACAGCUCUCUCACAUUCCUGCCAGACAACCCGCAGCUCCCUUCUCUGAGCAUGGGUGGCUCAAGCACCUGGGAAUAUGAUGAUGAUGAUUUUACUCAAGGCCUAGAGUUCCCAGAUAUUGAUGCUAAAGAGUACCACAGCUCUAAUGAGUCUCUAAAUGACACUAAAACAGAUUCCACAGAUGCUAGGCCACAGCAUACUGUGCGAGAGGGCAUUGGUAGCAAGGUGACACAGUCUGCAGGCUCCAGUCAGUCAAGCACAUCAACCGAUCUAUCAUCAGAGUACGAAUUUCUGGAGAGGUCAGAGGUUGAUGAGAUGGAUUCGGCAAGAGAAGCUGGUACUACCGAAAGUACUGUCUCUUCCUAUGUUGGCCAGUUGUUGGGCUACAAGUAACUGAUUUAUAAAUCAUUUCUUUUAAAAUUUAUCCCAGGGGACUACUACAAUAAAAACAGAUGGGAUGAUCGUCGGCAAAAUCAAUUCUCAUGAAGGCAAAUCAUGAAGGAAAAAUCGUCCGCCAAAUGGUUAAACGUACCCCCCCUCCCCCGAUCAAAGGCCUGACUACGGGCCUGAAAUAGACCUUUGAGUGUGGUCAACAUAAAUUCUUACCCCUAAGAGAUAGCAAAUUGGGUGUGGUAGAAGGAAUUUUCAACCCUGAGAGAUAGCAGAAUCGGAUAAACUGUUAAAACCGCCUAAGGAAUAGCAGUUGCUCGGAUUUUAUACCCUAAGAGAAAGCAGAACCCUUCAACAACCCCGAUGGGAUAGCAGUUGGACGAAAUUUUAUACCCUUAAAGACAAGACGAUCACCCUGUGUACUUUUCUGGAGAGUCCCCCCGCCCCCACCCCGGAAAUUUAUUCUCUAACCAAAAUGGUUUCUUUUAUAAGUGGAUAAUCUGUUAAUUUGGAAUUACUGAAUUAUUACUGAAAAUUAUGGUGUGCUGCAUGUUUUUCUCUUUUUGCACAUCAUUAUAUUUAUUGGGCAACAACCGGUGAUCCAAAUGGGGCUCAGAGGGGUAAAUAUCCUUCCCCUACCAAAACCCUAGACUCAAUGUAUAGCAUUUAUCACCGCAUCUUAUAGAAGACAAACAGAUCUUAUAGCAGGUUAUCACAAUGGUAGUUAUUUGUAUAUUUCUUUAAAAUCGGGUAAAUAAAGUGUAACUACAAAAA